AAUCUUAUAAAUGUGAAAUAUGCUUAGCAAGUUUUUUACAGCGCUCAACAUUACAUAGCCAUGUACUAUCUCACGCGGCUGAACGGCCAUACGUCUGCGAUAUUUGUAAAAAACAGUUUAAAACAAAAUACUAUCUAGCAGUACACAUUAAAUUACAUAAUAAUAUGGGGCAUCGUACUUGCGAAAUAUGUAAUAAAAAAUUUACAAAUUUGAGGAAGCACCUACAAAUUCACUCCGGCAAUAAAUACAUCUGCGAUAUUUGUAAAAAGGAUUUCAAACGGAAACCUUAUCUUGUAAUUCACAUGAAGAUACACAUGGAAACUUAUAAGUGCGAUAUUUGUAAUAAAUCAUUUACAUCUCCGUACAUUUUAGGGAAUCACCUUAAAAUUCACUCAGUCAAGCGAAACACAUCACGUCACAAAUAUAGUCAUUACAUUUGCGAUAUUUGCAAUAUGCAGCUUUCUUCAAAAAAUACCCUGACGCAACAUAUUAAAAAGCAUAUGGAACGGUCCUAUUAUUGCGAAAUUUGUAGUAAGAAGUUUUCAACUCCUUUACAUUUGAUCGACCACAUACACAAGGAUGGGACUUACGUCUGUCAUUCAUGCAGGAACAAUUUUACAUUAAAAGACGAUCUGAUAAAGCAGAUUACCGUACGUUCACAACAUCAUCCUUAUUCUUGCGAGAUUUGUAAAAAAAAGUUUCUAAAACCUCAACUUUUAAAAAGUCAUAUGUUAGUUCACACAAAUGACAGACGCUACACCUGCCAUUUAUGCAAAACGCAAUUCAAAAGUAAAAGCGGCCUGAAGACGCACGUCGUCAGUUUCCACCAUGUAAAAGCAUUCACUUGUCAACUUUGUAAUGAAUGCUUUUUAAGUAGCUCAGAAUUGAAAAAGCACGUGAUUACAUCACAUAUUAGUGAAAAACUGUUCAUUUGCGAUAUAUGUAAAAGAAAGAUGAAAACUAAAAGUCAAUUGGAAGCCCAUAUUAAAAGACAUAUGAAUCGCUCCAAAGCAAUAGCGGAAGAUGCAACCGCUAAGAUAAGACGUAAUAAAGGGCUUCCAACUCGAACAGUACGUAGGAAUCUCAGCCAAAAUAACACCACUGGCCAAGUGUACACCUGCUUAGUAUGCGGAAAACAUUUCAAACAAAAUAUCACAUUGCAACGUCAUAUGAUAAUCCACGAAAAUCCGCUUUCUUGUGAAAUUUGUAAUAAAAAGUUUGUGAGUCGACCGAAGUUUAACAGCCAUAUGAUAAGUCACAGCAAUGACAAGCCGCACUCGUGCUAUAUUUGCAAAGCGCGGUACAAAUGGAAAUCCUCCUUGAACCAGCACACAAUUAGAGAACAUCAAAAGGACUCAAGAGACAAACCUUAUUUAUGUGACAUUUGUGCUAAACCGUUUGAAAAUCUCGGAAAUCUAAAAGGUCAUAAGGUUACGCACACUGACAGCAAACCAUUCGUUUGCGAAAUAUGUGCUAAACAGGUAAGAACUAAAAAUAGUUUAAAGAUGCAUAUGAGGAUACAUACCAAUACGUAUCCCUAUUCAUGCAAAAUUUGUAAUAAAAAAUUUAUCUUAUCCACAAAUUUGAGAAAACAUGAAGAAGUACACAAAGGCGAGAAACCGAGACUGUUUUCCUGCGAUAUAUGCCAAAAGGACUUUACAAGUAACCUUUACGUCAAAAAACACAAGAUGACACACCUUGGAAUUAGGCCUUAUGCUUGCGAAUAUUGUAACCAAGCGUUCACGAGAGCCCAUCAUUUGACGCGACAUAAGAAACGAAUGCACAAAAGCGCAGUUGUCGCUAUUGACAAUAAACAGCAAAUCUAUGACGUUUCAUUCGAUGUUUCGGAGAGCAUAGGUCUCCAUUUUCAAAGCACUGAGAGUGCAUGCGCAGCGGUCUCGGUGCCCGAGCGCCGCGUGCUGGCGCUCGCCAUGAAAUAA